AUGGGGAUGUUUGGGAAUGCUGCUGGCUCCGCUAACAGGCUGCUCCGGAGGGGGUUGUGGGCACUGAUGCUGCUCCUGUCUGUGGCCAUCUAUGGCUCCCAUGCCCCUCUCCUGACCCACUGCAAGGUGGAUGGGGUGAUUCCCUUCAGCUCUGCCUCUGUGGUGGUCCUGGUGGAGCUGACCAAGCUGCUGCUCUCCCUGCUGUUCCUGCUGGCCCGGCACCGGGAGCCGCUGGGAUCUGCCGUGUCCUGGCGCCACGCAGCCCCCUUCGCCCUCUCUGCCCUGCUCUAUGCUGCCAACAACAACCUGGUGGUCCACAUGCAGCUCUUCAUGGAUCCCAGCACCUUCCAGGUGCUCAGUAACCUGAAGAUUGUCAGCACUGCACUGCUCUACAGCCUCCUCCUGCGCCGCAGCCUGGGCAGGCGCCGCUGGCUGGCCCUGCUGCUGCUGCUGGCUGCAGGGCUCAGCUACAGCUGGGGGGGGCUGCAGGGCUCUGGCAGCCCCUCUGAGAUGCACCUGCAUAUCACCCCCGUGGGUUUGGUGCUGCUCUGUGUGUACUGCCUCAUAUCGGGCCUGUCUGCUGUCUACACAGAAGCCAUCCUGAAAUCCCAAGCACUGCCCCUCAGCCUCCAGAACAUCUUCCUGUACUUCUUUGGGGUCGUGCUCAACCUGAUGGGUUACCUGUGGAGCGGCAAUCAGGGAGGGUUUUUGGAGGGCUUCUCCUCCUGGCUGCUGCUGGUUGUGCUCAGCCAGGCCCUGAAUGGUCUCAUCAUGUCCGUGGUGAUGAAGCACAGCAGUAACAUCACCAGGCUCUUCAUCAUCUCCUGCUCCAUCCUGGUCAAUGCUCUCCUCUCCGUUGCCUUUUUCAACCUGCAGCUCACCCUCCUCUUCUUCGUGGCUGUCACAUGCAUCGGCCUUGCUGUGCACUUGUACUAUGGGGUCAUGUAG